CAGAUUUUGCGUUUUGUGUGAAGUUUUUGUCAGAAACAAACAGAAUAAGAAAGAGAGGAAGCCGUAGAUUCCAACGCUUUCUCUCUGAGUCACACACACACAUUGCAGCAACAACAACAACCACACCCGAUUCCAUGAGUCGCUACGAUCCCAAUCCCUUCGACGAAGAACCGGUCGAGGUUAAUCCCUUCGCGGAUGGAGCAGCUAAAGGAAAAGGCUCAGGGCAAUCAAGUUAUAGUGGAGGUGCAUUUUAUACUACUAACACUGGAAGUGUUCCCUCCUCAAACUCAAGGCUCUCACCCCUUCCACCAGAGCCUUAUGAUCGUGGGGCAACUAUUGACAUCCCCCUAAAUAAUGCAAAGGACGCAAAAGCAAAGGAGAAGGAACUUCAAGCUAAAGAGGCUGAAUUGAAAAGAAGGGAACAGGAACUAAAACGAAGGGAAGAUGCUAUAGCACGAGCUGGAAUAGUUAUAGAGGAGAAAAAUUGGCCACCUUUUUUCCCCAUCAUUCAUCAUGACAUUGCAAAGGAAAUACCAGUACAUCUUCAAAGGAUCCAGUACAUUGCAUUUACAACAUGGUUGGGUUUGGUUCUGUGUCUUUUGUGGAAUAUUGUGGCAGUUACUACUGCUUGGAUCAAAGGAGAAGGUCCAACCAUCUGGUUUCUUGCUAUUAUCUAUUUUAUUUCUGGUGCUCCAGGAUCCUAUGUGUUGUGGUAUCGCCCUCUUUAUCGUGCUAUGAGGACUGACAGUGCUCUGAAAUUUGGCUGGUUCUUCUUGCUUUACAUGUUGCACAUUGCCUUUUGCAUUUUAGCUGCAGUUGCUCCACCAAUUAUCUUCAAAGGAAAAUCUCUCACAGGCAUUUUGGCUGCGAUUGAUGUGUUGGGAGACAAUGCAUUGGUUGGGAUAUUCUACUUCAUUGGAUUUGGCCUUUUCUGUCUCGAGUCAGUGCUGAGCAUCUGGGUUAUACAGCAAGUAUAUAUGUACUUCCGUGGCAGUGGCAAGGCUGCAGUUUUAAAGCGUGAGGCUGCGAGAGGGACAAUGAUGGCAGCUCUAUGACAUGGCACUUACAAUUGUUUUCCUAAUGGAUAUACCCGAAAAAUGAUUUCUUGAGUUACCAUUACCAGUUCUCCUUACAAACUUUACUCUUUGUUUAAUACUGGGAUGCGUUUUCCUAGGUUUGUGUCAAACCAGAUAAUUAAGAUAGAAGCUUAGUUGUGCAUAUAUAGAAAUCAUUGUUUGAGAUAGCCCCUUAACAAAUGAUUUAUUUCAGCAUUUUUUUUUAUAUUUUUUAUUAACAAAAUACUCCAUCUAUCUUGUGGGUUUAAA